GACGAUGUGUAUACCAUGAACUAUUCCCCACGGAACAGAAGAUAAAAGCCGAUCCUUCCAUAGAUGAUACUAUUUUAGAUUAUAAUCGCACAGAAGUCUCGUUUGUAAUAAUUACUUUGAUAGUGAUGAUAAUAGGAACUAUAUUCAGUAUGUAUACCUUUGCUAAUCCAAGAUAUACUUUCAAAAGAUUGGCGGGCGGUGUACAUUUUAUAUCUGCUGCUUGCGUUAUGGUUGUGAUCCAAGUUUUAAUUUCGUCAGUUGAAUAUACUAAACAGAACUUGAAGUUUAUAUAUCCUAAAGGAGCGUCUAAUUAUUAUGGAUAUAGUUUCUACAUCGCUUGGUUGGUGCUGAUUGUGAAUUUCGGCAGUGGAAUCGCAUUUCUGAUGUAUUCGAAAAAACGUAAAAACAAACAAGGCCUAGACGAACUGGGAAUGGCCGACGAACCCACGAUAAUGGGGCGAUAAUAAAUAUUUUAUUGUGAGAUUUAUCUAUACAAUGGCAUUAUAUAAAUACAUAUCACUAGAUCUUAUUUUCAAUGUUCAAUCCAUGGAAAGAUAAAGAUAAUGAUGCCAUUCUCUUCACGAUAGUAAUAUAUAUUCAAA